AUCUCCCCUUUCCCUUCCCUCUUCCAUUCACUCUUCUCUUUCUCCCUCCCUCCCUCCCCCCUCUCUCUCUCUCGUCCAUGGCGGAUCAUCAACUUCUUCCGCGGUACGACCCGGAAGAAGCAGAGGAGGCACUCUCUCUCAGGGACCUCCCGCUCCACGACGAACCCGAAACAGAGACUCCUGGCCACUUCCCCACCCACCACCGCCAAUCGUCCUCCGAUGUGCCAGAGUUCUUUGAGUUCUUCAGUGACUUCAGCUCCGACAUGUGCUCUGCGGACGAUGUCAUCGUCUGCGGCAAGCUGGCACCUUUCUCCUCCAUGCAAUCUCCGACCAAGAUGACUCCCCAGGAAGCAGUGAACAAUGAAGAAAGCGAGCUAAGAUUCGCAUUCCGGCGGCGAUCAGAGUCGAUGUCCAAGUUGCAGAGCUCUGUCGCCGGAUCGAACAGUGCCAAGUUGAACCUCACCAGGAAUUGCAAGUCGCUUGAUUACGGCAAGCUGAAGCCGAAUCAGUCCCCUCAGGUGCUUCAUUCGCAUGAAGCGACGGGGAAUUCACCGGCAAGAAGCGUAGUGAAAUCGGGUUCGCUGGUGAAGAGGACUACGGCAUCGAAGCCGCGGUGGUACGUGCUCACUUUCGGGCAGGUGAAGUCGCCGACAGAGAUGGAGCUCCGCGACAUGAAGAGCCGGCAGUUCCGGCAGAGCCCGUCGGCGAUGCUGUUCCCAGCGCCAGGGGACUCCGGGGAGGGGAAGGCUCAGGGGAGCGCUGGCGGCGGGAAGGUGACGUGGAAGGUGCUGAGAGCGCUGAGUUGCAAGGGUCAUGCAAGCGUCGCCGUGACCGCAUCCAUUGAAGAGACACAGAGUUGGCAAAAAUACGUUGCGCAAAAUUGAAGUAACACUAGCUAAAAUUCCAUGUUCCUUGUAAUUAUUGCCGGCUAAGUAUUCUUUCUCACAGCCUUCAGCAUAAGCAUAGUACACAUAAUCUAUAAUUUUUUAAGAAUAUCAGGUUGCACGCCUGCCACGUAUCUCACCUACUCUCCUAGGAUUGAAAGAUUUCUCAUUGUACUAAAACUUUCAAGCAGUUUCGAGCCAAUGGAGAGCGAAACUGAUCUCUGUAAAAUGAAAGAUUGUAUGAUACGAUCUGUGUAAUACGUGCAUAGAAGAUAUGCUUUCGAGUCUCGAAUCGAAAUGUCGAUGUUUCUACCA